AUGCCCUCUUGGUCGGAUCUUCAGCCGGAGAUUCUAAACAAGAUCGCCGGAAAGUUCGAGUUUUAUGAAGAUUUCAUCAACUUUCUUUGUGUUUGUAGUUCAUGGAGAUCUUCUGCCACGACAACCAAAAAGUUCAUACACCACCUUCCUUCUCGCUUUCCAUUGUUGAUGCUUGCAGAGUCCAACACCGAAGAAGACAAUGAUCAAGAUUACCGUAAGUUCUUUCUUCUUUCAAGCGGCACGAUGCGUAAGGUGCAACUACCUGAGGCUCACUGGCAGCGAUGUAUAUCAACCCAUGGAUGGUUACUGACCACCGGUGAAGAAGAGUUCUACGCCAAGCUCAUCCAUCCACUUUCUCGUACUCAAAUCGAUCUCCCUGAGCUUUAUAUGUUCGAGGAACUCUACUUUGAUCAAGACGAGUGGAUGUACUAUGGGCACUGCAUGAGGAAAGUAGUUUUUACGUCAUCAAACCCUUUGUUAUUGGAUCCUGACUUUCGUGUUAUUAUCAUCUGGGGCCAAACUAUAGGGUUUUGUAGGCUUGGUGACGUUUCAUGGAGCCGUAUAACUGGUUGGGAUGGACAUCUUCUCGACAUUACGUAUCAUAACAUGCGAAAACGGCUAUACACAGUGACAACCAUCGGAUCAAUCUACGAAGGUAACAUUCUUAUCGGUGGACCAGGUCCUCUAAAUUUGAAUCGAUUGUCAACAUUACCACCAAAAGAAUUCGACUGUUCGUGCCUCCAAUCAGCUUAUCUUCUCGAAUGGGGUUAUAACAGGUUGCUAAUGGUUACACGUGAGCGUCAGUCUUACAAGAAACAUGGUGAUGAGUUUCGUAGUUAUGGACCUUAUAGCACUACGAGGUUUCAAUGCUUUGUGUUCAGUUUGGAUGAUGGAAAGUGGUCCAAACUCCUCAGUUUGGGAGACAAAGCUGUGUUUUUGGGUUUCAAUUCAUCAUUUGCCAUUGAUGCAGGUGGUGGCAUAAAGCCUGAUUGUAUCUACUUCACUGACGAUCUUUAUGAGCCAUACCGUGACUUUCCUGAUGGAGGUGGAGGGGAUGUUGGAGUUUAUCUUAUGUCCGACGGUAGCAUUGGAGCCAUUAUGGAUGCACAAGAACACAUGUUCCGUGCUCGUCCUCCUUUGUGGCUUCAAACGAGCACCAUCCCUGCGAUUAAACAAAUUUAA